AUGGCUGACCGCAAGCGAGCUCUGAAAUCCGGAAAGGCUACUGCUCCUGGAUCACCCAACGGGUUCACCACUGAACGCUCAGUUGGUGGCGAGCGCCGUUCGAUCCGUCACUACCAUGAUGGCCGAGUAUCGCAACGUGAGGCUCUUAUCCCUGGCCCCGUUCAAAAGCUAACCGACAGUAUAGUCACCUCUAGGAAAAACAGCGCGAGCAAUAGUACUGUCCUAAAGCCUAAGGCUGCUCAUAGGCCUAAGAGGCCGGAAUCGGAAUAUCGGGCUCCUACAGACCGUGAAAUUGAGAGACUCGCUGGUGCUGUUACUAACCUCUUCCACCCGGAACGUACUACGCCUUUUCCCAGGCCUCCCCCACAGGAAGAGAGAUCACAGUCAUGGGGUUCCGGCAGCUCCAGUGGCUCGGUUACCCCACCCUUCCCUGUAGCCUCCCCUACUCCUGAAGGCUCACCCGAACUAAUGAGCACGGAGGUUUUCCCCCUCCUGUGGCUCCCAACCCUCGUAAAUCAGCAGUGGGCUGACAUGGGUGGAAAGAACCGCUUUAGAGGUUCGGAUCUUCACGACUAA